UAUCAAUUUAUGCUUGUCCCACUUUUUACAUAAAAAAUCGAAAAAAACAUUCACUAAUCCACUUAUUUCAUGUCCAAUUUAUGUCCUAGUAAAUCAUUUUUUAUCAAUUACUCCAUAAAAUUUUAUACAAAAUACAUGUGAUAUCCCUCAAAAAGCAAAGAAAAUAUCAAGCGCACAAUAAAACAAAGCAACAAUUUUAAAUAAUGUGAUUCUAACCUGUCAAGAAUCAAGAUCCAAAUCCAUCAAAAAAAAAAAUCAGGAUCCAAAUACCCAAUCCCCCAUCCUCGUUUCCAGAAUCUCCACAACUAUAAUAAGUAAUCCACUUAUUUCAUCCACCAAAUAAAAUUUAAAAAAAAUAAAAGUUCGAAAUGGCUAAUUUCUCUCUCAUCCUUUUCCUCUCUUUCUCUCUCUUCAUUUCACUCACCCAAUCAAAAUCCACCUACAUAAUCCACGUGUCAAACUCCCAUAAGCCCACCACCUUCUCCUCCCCAAAAGACUGGUACUCCUCAAUCCUCCACUCUCUCUCCUCCUCCACCACCACCACCACCCCACCACACCUACUCUACUCCUAUUCUCACUCCUCAACGGGCUUUGCGGCCCAUCUCUCCGAGGCCCAAGCGGCCCACCUCCGCCGCCACCCCGCCGUCUUAUCCAUUACCCCUGAUCGGGCCCACCAGAUCCAUACCACCCGUACUCCUCACUUCUUGGGCCUCCAUGAUGAAUCUGGGCUCUGGCCCAAUUCUGAUUACGCUUCUGACGUCAUCAUCGGGGUGUUGGAUACCGGUAUUUGGCCUGAGCUACCUAGUUUCUCCGAUGAUGGGUAUGGUCACGUGCCUUCCACGUGGAAAGGUUCUUGUGAUGUGGGCCCCGAAUUUCCCGCCGGUUCUUGUAAUCGGAAAAUCAUCGGUGCUCGUGCUUUUUACAAAGGGUAUGAGGCGUCCAAAGGACCAAUGAAUGAAACAAAAGAAUCAAAAUCACCUCGAGACACUGAGGGGCAUGGGACUCAUACAGCCUCAACAGCUGCUGGAUCAGUGGUUCCGAAUGCAGGACUAUUCGAGUAUGCUCGAGGAGAGGCUCGAGGGAUGGCAAUCAAGGCUCGCAUUGCUGCCUACAAGAUCUGUUGGAAGACUGGUUGCUAUGAUUCUGACAUCUUGGCUGCCAUGGACCAGGCUAUUGAGGAUGGAGUCCAUGUGAUUUCGCUUUCUGUAGGAUCUUCAGGGUUGGCUCCUAACUUUGACGAUGAUAGCAUUGCUAUUGGUGCGCUACAUGCUGCCCAAAGUAGGGUUGUGGUGUCUUGUUCAGCUGGGAAUUCUGGGCCUAAUCCUUUUACUGCAACGAAUAUUGCACCGUGGAUUUUGACUGUUGGAGCAUCCACCAUUGAUAGGGAUUUCCCUGCAGAUGUAGUGUUAGGAGAUGGGAGGAUUUUUAAGGGAGUGUCUUUGUAUUAUGGAGAUGGUUUGAAUGACAGUGUCAAUUUGGAGUUGGUUAGAGGUGAAGAUUGUGGCAGUAGACUUUGCAAAGCAGGUGAACUUGAUUCUUCAAAAGCAGCAGGAAGAAUGGUUAUAUGUGACCGAGGAGAUACUGCUCGAGUUGCCAAGGGUGAUGCUGUUAAGCAAGUUGGAGGUGCUGGAAUGAUUCUGGCGAACACAGCUGAAAAUGGUGAAGAACUAAUAGCUGAUUCACAUUUGAUCCCUGCUACUAUGGUGGGUCAAACUGCUGGGGACCAAAUCAGGGACUAUGUUUCUUCGGCCCCUAAUCCAACAGCCACAAUCAGGUUCAGAGGGACUGUGAUUGGCCCCUCACCUUCAGCCCCUAGAGUGGCAGCUUUCUCUAGCCGAGGACCCAGCCAUCUAACACCCGAAAUCCUCAAGCCUGAUGUCAUAGCCCCUGGUGUUAACAUCUUGGCUGGUUGGACCGGGGCUUCUGCACCCACAGACUUGGAGAUUGACCCAAGGAGGGUUAAAUUCAAUAUCAUCUCAGGCACUUCUAUGUCAUGCCCUCACGUAAGUGGGUUGGCUGCUCUGCUCCGAAAUGCACACCCUAGUUGGAGUCCUGCAGCUGUGAAGUCUGCCCUUAUGACCACAGCUUACUACCUCGACAACUCUGGGAAGAACUUUACAGAUCUUGCCACAGGAGAGCAAUCCUCGCCAUUUGUUCACGGAUCAGGUCAUGUCGACCCAAACAGGGCUCUCAACCCUGGGCUAGUCUAUGACAUCGAUGCUAGUGACUACAUUGCCUUUUUAUGUGCCAUUGGAUACGACUCUAAGAAGGUUGCCAUUUUCCUCAAAGAACCAGCUACUAUUGAUUGUGAAGCAAAGAAGUUGUCUACCCACGGUAAUCUGAAUUAUCCUUCAUUCGCAGUUAUGUUUGAAUCUGUUAAGAGUGUGGUGAAAUACACUAGAGUGGUGAAAAAUGUUGGAAGCUCUGCUGAUGCAGUUUAUGAAGUUACUGUGAAUGCCCCUCCAAAUGUAGAUGUCUCUGUUUCUCCUAGUAAGCUCGAGUUCAGUGCUGAGAAACAAACACUAUCUUAUGAGAUAACUUUCACAAGCACUAGUGGAACUUAUCUAACUGGUGAACCAAUCUUGGGAACAUCAAGUUUUGGGUCGAUUGAGUGGAGUGAUGGAAGUCAUCACGUUAGAAGUCCCAUUGCAGUGAGAUGGAUCGAGGGUACUCAGCAACAUUUCAUUGCUUCAAUUUGAGUUCAGCUCUAUAAAAUUGCUGUAUAUGGUGCAGGGUAUUUGCUGAACAUUUGAGGUGGUUCAUUCUUAUGUUCAAAAGCUUCUUCAUACAUGUAUGCGCCUUGAUGUACAUUAUUGAGCCUGCACCGCUCUUCAUUUCUGUACUGUAAACAUUCUUUUCCUUUGUAUAUUGUUAGUUACUGUUACACAUCUGAUUACUGAACUUGCUUACUGUGAAGUGUGAAUUCCAUCUCUGUUAAUACAGAACCGGGUUUUGGAUAUGCACUUUAAGCAUUGUGAAAUAUGAGAAAUAAUCUUGAAAUGUUACGUAA